CAGUCGCUACGCUGCUGGCAGCCGAGCGGCUCGGCUGGACGGCGACGGCGCUCAACCGGUGGCGAACCGACGACGGCACUGAGCUGCAGGCCGGCGCCCGAGACCCUGGGCUUGCCCACGCUGGUGGCGGCGCCGCGGUCCGCGGCCUGCCGCGGCGGAUGCAGGGAGCCAAGCCGAACGCGCCGCAGCUGGAGCCGUGGCCCAGCGCGCGCCGCGCGGCGAUGGGAGGUCUCUGGCCCGUCGCGCGCCGCGCUGGACUCGGUCCGCCGCUGCGCCGAUCGGCGGCCUGCCCAGCGGGCUGCGGGGGCCAGGGCACGCUGAGCGACCGCGCCUGGAGGUGCCUGUCGCUGGCGGCCGAGCGCCGCGGCGCAAUCGCAGGCAACGCGGUGCUGCAGGCGAUCGCCGGCGCGGCCGCCGAGUCCGACAUCGAGGACCCACAGUACUCGCGAGCGCUGGUGCCAGCCCAAAUAGACGGCAUCCCGCCGCCGCUCGCCGUCGAGGAGGUGCGGUGGAGCAGCGGCCACGGAUACGCCUCGCUGGCGGGCGCUGGCGCGCUCCACGCCGACGGCUCAGCGCUGCACGGCAAGGCGGGCUCCGCCGAGGUGCGCGCGGGCAGGGGCGUCGCUGCGCUGCAG